GAAAUUUCCUGACAAAAGAAUUCCUUGAUUAUGACAUUUGUUUGUCUUGCUUUUAGAGCAGACAUAAAAUUUAAAAUUUCGAACAGUCUGCUGAAAAAUGGUAAUUUCCAUUAGUAUUCUUCGCCUAAUUCAUUCAUUUGGAUUGGUCUUGAAAAUGCUUUAAUUUUGAAAUAUUUUCGACACCACUUCCAUGGAGAAGUUUUUGGGGAUUCAAGAAAAUGAAUUCCGCACAUUGAAGAAUUUAACUAAAUCAGUACAAAAAUUGAUACAAAUCAUUUUAUUGUAUUCUCUCUAAUGGCAAAUAUAAUGAAGUAAAUUGCUUCAUUGUCUUAUAGAUUCCAGUUUAUCUGGAGACCAUUAGUUAUUCAACAAGAAAGGUAUCCCAAACCGUUUCUGAGAAUUGUGAUACUUAAGAUACUUUUAUUGAGUCGAAGGAGUUACUACUGUUAUAUUUGAAAAUAAGAAUAUUCUUUCAUUGGGAUUUCCGGUUUGAUUUCAAUAUAAUUUAAUGUAUUGUUCGCGUUAAAGAUCUUUACUAACAUCUGUGCCAUUUAAAAGGAGCGUGAAAUCGAAAAUACAUUAGAAAAGUGGUUUUCGCUAAAAGCAUAUAUUUUUUUAUAGGAAAGCAUCAUUAGUUCGUUAAUGAAACUCCAUGUUUGCAUGUAAGUAGGCGAAUUGCGAGGUACCCAAUCAGAAAUGAUUCGGUUUCUUGAUUUCAUUAACUCUACUCUUUUCACGCGAAUCAGCAAUUUCCAUUGCACUCUCGAAACACGAUUUCAUGAAAGGAGAAAUCUUGUAUAUGUUUCAUUUCCCAAUAAUAAAUUCAUUAAUUCGCAUCAAAACACGAUAAUAGCUCUUUUUAUAUAUAUUCAGUCAUGAAGUGAAAUGAAGGAAACGAAAAAAAAUGCGUCAUUAUUCCCCCCCCAAAAAAAUACGAAAUAAAGCAACAAUCCCCUUGAAUUUUUGACAUCAUUUCCCUUCGAAACAAAAAAAAAUGUUCAUUAAAAAUCUUUCACUAAGCCUCGUAUCAGAGCAAAACAAGAUACGAACAAAUCGAUAUUUACCAGCAUAUUAUUUAUUUGAUUUAUUGUCAGUUCUGAAGGGAAAAACAAAUCUAAAUUAUUACUUCCAAGUGUCUUACGGCACCACAUUUUGAAAACAAACUUUACAUCAUCUCCAAAUGUCAGACCUGGACUGCAAGCAGUGGAGAAAGGGGUGAAACACGAGCGCGUGUAAAGACUUCCCCACGCAUCGUUUGACGAGACUAAAACAGUACUUUGGACGAGAAAAGUAAUGCUUUUAAGAGGCACUUCUAUUGUCAUCUUUGUGUCAAUAGUUACUCAGCGGAAGAUUCGAAAUCUAGCGAUCAGCAUAAAUGGCUUUUCAGCGAAAGAGAGGUGGGGACGACAGAGGGGAGGGUAAAGGUCUAACGUCCACUCUGACGUGGACAAAUGACCAAAACAGUCAUGCACCAUUUACUGGGCAUCGAACACCGCUUUAGGGGUCCUCCGUCUCGAUGUCGAUUGUGUGGACGUGCCAUGCACCGGGUUUCUCCACAAAUAGACGGAAUGAAGCACAGAGGGUCGACCCGGCAAGAACGUGGUAAACAGUAUAGCUGCUCAGCUGUACUGCGACCCGUUAUAGCGGCGCUGCGGAUGGUUGGAGUGUGUGUUCUUCCAAGUUUCGGAUGCCGCCUAUGGGCAAUAACUGUCAUGCUCUUCCGAUUACUAUAUCUCGGCUCUUGCAUAAGCAAUAUGGUUCUUAAUAACAGUUUUGCAUUCGAAUACAUAUCUGUAGUGCUGACAACAGUGAGUUCGCUCCUCGCGUCGAGUUUGCUAAACUUUAGUAGUGCAGAGUUGAGAAGAGCUGUUGAGAAGCUGGACUCUACUAUCAAACAGCUUCCAGCUGGCAAGGGAUCUCUUAAAAACUGUUUUAGGAGAGUGGUUGGGCUGACGCUCAUUGGAUGGCUUUAUUUGAUUCUCCGUCUUAUUGCAGCUAUAAGUAUAGUAGAUAAUCAACCCGCACAACAACAGUUCCAGAGUAUUUUUUACAGGAAACCCCCGGAUCAUUUUACCGAUUUAGCUAUGUAUAUUUGUGUGGGGUUGGUUUCGGGUUUAGAAGUGUUUUUCAUUCAGGGAGCUUUGAUAUUCACGCCGGUGUUGUUCAUGUCGGUCUGCAUGAUCCUCGCGGAAGCGUACGCUGAGCACAAUCGAGUCAUCGUGAACCUUGUAGGACCUACUGAAGACUUAGGAAGUGAAUUCAACAAAGUCCGCUCUUUCCACGAGAAACUUUGCUCACUGGUGACAUACAUGGAUUCUAUUUUUGGAAAAGUGAUCUUCUUUUGGUUUCUGUUCCUUGUUGUCACUGUCUGCAUGGACAUCACACAGCUAUUCACCGAUGACACUUUGCUGAAGAACAAAACUCAGGACGAUGUCUUCUUCUUUAGUCUCAAAGUGAUAUAUUCCGUUUUGUCUUUUCUUGGCACCUGUGCCACAGCUGCCAAUGUCUCGCAGCAAGCUCACGAUUCGUUGCCGACCGUUCAUGCACUGACACUUCGAACAAGCAGGAUGGAUUUAGACACGAAACUGCAAGUUCAGUUUUUUCUCAAUCGCUUAACCUCGCCGACAGUGGGUCUAAGUGGCUGGAAUUUCUUCACCAUAAACAAAGGGUUUAUUCUAAAUGUCAGUGCUGCUCUGGUAACGUACACGGUUGUGGUUAUACAAAUGAACCCGAAAGCAAUGAGAGUCAUUCACCAUCUGGUCGCUCAAACUGUAAAUAAUGGAACAAGCACUAAUGGGAACAGUGAUAGCACUGAAUCAAGCGGAAACAGUACAAACUCAAGUUCUUACUGAAAAUCAUAUUAAAAUAUGCUGCAAGAUAUGAAUUAUAAAACUUUCCCAAAUGCAAUCUAUUUUAUGAUUGGUGAAGUGGUGAACCUAC